AUGAACACGGCCCAGUUCCUCGAGGAGCUCAGCGCCGACGCCGAGUCUCACAUCACGCUGCUCCAGAAACUCAUCCAAGCGCCGUCGCCCAAUCCCCCCGGCAACACCGCCGCGGCGGCCGAGGUCCUGCGCUCGUAUCUAUGGGACCACGGCAUCGAGACAGAAGUGAUCGCGCCAGACGGGCCGGAGAAGCCGAAUUUCGUGGCCGACUUCGCGGUGGGAGGGACGUCGUCGUCGUCGUCCUCUGAACCCGCGCCGCCGCCGCAGCGCAUCAUCCUCAACGGACACCUGGACGUGUUCCCGGUCGACGCGACGCAAGACGCGCAGUGGAAGCACGGCGGGCCGUGGUCUGGCCACUUCGACGGCACGUACGUCCACGGGCGCGGCGCCGUGGACAUGAAGGCUGGGGCGGCGGCGUCGGUGAUUGCGUUCGCGCACCUGUUCCGGCAUCGGGCGCGGCUGACGCGGCAGGGCAGCAGCGUCGCGCUCACGGUGGUCAGCGACGAGGAGACGGGCGGGAAGUUCGGCAGUCGGUUUCUCCUCGAGCGGGAUGGUGGCGCUGGCGGCGGAAGAUGGAAGGGCGACGUCAUGGUCAAUGCCGAGCCGGGCGGACUGCAGAGUAUUCGGUUCGGGGAGAAGGGGACGCUGCGUAUCACGUUCACCGUCGCGGCGCUGGGCGUCCAUGGUGCGUACACGCAUCGCAGUGAAGGGGCGGUGCGCAUUGCGGCGCGCUUGAUCGGGCGGCUGGUCGAGACAGUGCAGGCGAUUGUGCCCGAGUGGGACGAGGACGUCAGGAGGCAUUUGGAACGAAAGGAUGUGAGGAGGGUGAUUGACGAGAUCAUGGGGAGGGGCGCGUCCGAGAGUGUCACGACGCCGACGGUGAACAUCGGCACGAUCCGCGGCGGCGUCAAGGUCAAUAUGAUUCCUGAUCGCUGCGUUUUCGAGGCCGACAUACGCCUGCCCAUCGGCUUGACCAAGGAGGUCGUGCUCGAGAGCAUCGACGCCUUGCUGCGCGCCGAGUUCCCGGCUUCGGCCAGCUACGCCGUGCAAGAAGCGGCGUCGAAUCCCGCGUCUCAUUGCUCACCGACGCAUGAGAUGGUGACGGCACUGGCUAACGCCGCCGAGAGGGUCACGGGCAGGAAACCUCUCGCGAUCCCGUCGUUGGGCGCCACAGACGCAAAGUUCUGGCGCUAUCAUGGCGUCCCGGCUUAUGUCUACGGUGUGGGGCCGGAGACCAUGGCCGCGGCCGUCGAUGAGAGAGUCAGUGUGGACGAGUUUCUGAGGGUGGUCAGGACACAUGCUUUGGCGGUUUGGACGUAUCUGGGUGGGGAUGGUAACGGUGGUGGUGGUACGGGUUGA